CAUACAAGAAGUAGAAGAAGAAUGUGGAAAUUGGGUAUCUAUAGAAUAAAUGUAGGCUUCAUUAUUAGCUCGCUAAGAACAACAUGGGCUCGGUUUUCGGUGUGGUGUCCGAGGAGACACCCUCGUACACAUUGUUGUACAAGGAUCCUGACAAUUCAUUCGAGAUUCGCUCUUACGCUGCCCGCGUGGCCGUUUCCUGCCGAUCCCCGACGCGAGCGAGCACGUCGUCGUCCGUGGGGACCGAGAACGAUGCGUCUGAACGAGGUCGAUUCUUUAUGAAGUUGGCCUCUUACAUCGGAGUGAUGGGAGCACCACAGAACGUGGAAAACGCGCCCAUCGCGAUGACGGCGCCCGUCGUCACCAGACACGGCCGCUCAGAGAUGCAAUUCAUCCUGCCCGAAGACAAAUCAGCGCCGACGUCUCCCGCACCAGCUCCAGCGCCAGCUUUGGCUGCACAAGGCGUGCACGUGAUAGAUCGGCCGGCGAAAGUUUUUGCUGUGCGGACGUUUUCGGGAGGAUGGGGAAGAGACGCAUUUGAGCAAGAACGCGAUAGCCUGUUAGCGAGCCUUAAACAAGAACAGAAAAACGGGACGCGGAACUUCAGCUUCACGAUUGCCGAGCCAUUAUACUACGAAGAAUAUCGCUAUAAUCCCCCAUGGACAAUGGCGCCACUGCGGACGAAUGAGGUUGCUGUCGAAGUUCGAUGGAAUGAACAUGAAGGAUGA